AUGACAGAAAGUAACAUAAAAAAAGACACUGUUCAGUACUUCCUGUGGGAGCUGCAAUUAUGCAAUAAAUAAUCCACAUAAAUAAUUUACGUGCCCAAAAGGUAAUUGCACACAUUCAAAAAAUUCUGGGUUAUUUUAAAAGGGGACAAACUCAACAGCUGGGUUGAAUUGACCCUGAAAAUGUCCAUGUUUGACCCAACAACUGGUUAAAACAACCAAGCACUUUGGGCUGAAACAACCCAGCAUAAAUUAAUUUGUAGAGCAAAGAUUGUGUUAGUUCAUUUUUUACCCCAGCAUUUUUUUAAUGUACAAACAUAAAAAGCACAACAUAUAAUAUACAUACUAUAACUAAAACACAGUAGGAUAAAAUAAAAAAACAAAUACAUUCAUACAUGUGGCAAACGGCCUAAUUCACUGUAUACAUGUAAAAAAAAAAUCUGGGGCGCCAAAAGUAUACCCUAUAAAUAAUCUUUCUUUUUCCCACAAAAUUAAGGGUGUCUGGUUUUCUUGAAAUUUUGCAGUCAAUUUCUGUAAAUUGAUGGUUUUUGACUGUGUUUCAAACAUACAUGAAAAUAUGUGUAAAUAAAACAGUACAAUUUCAAAAUUUUAGUUUUUGGACAUUUUAAGUGAAAAUCUGUUCUACGUUCUUUAAAGUUUACAAUUAAUUUGAUGUUUAGAGUAAAGUAUACCGGCGUAGCUCUUACAUCAGUACAAGGUACAUUUGUGCAUGUAAACAUUCAUGACAUUUGAUGAGGACUCUGACCUACAUCUUCUUUGCUCACAAUCUUUAGAGAAAAACAUUGUCCUGUGCAGUUGUCUUUUGUUACAUAUUAUGGAUUAAAUGUUUGGAGACAUUUUGCCAGCACUCUAAUUUCUUCCUGUAGCUAGAUUAUUGUGUUAGCAGCACAAAAGGUUGUGCUGGGGAAACACCCAUACCCAUACGUACAUUAAACACCAAAAUCGCUUUGGAUAAAAGUGUCUGCCAAAUGUAUGAAUGUAAUGGAUUUGAACUAUGGAAAAAUAUACAAAUCUGCCUAUUUAUAUGAUGAGUCAUUUCAGUUUUAUCCAUACUUUACUCUCCACCCAGCAUGCAAUAGUUUUUUUGCAGUUAAUCUGUGCGUGAGGUUAAAUGUUGCAGAGAUUGAAAUCACAGGACUCCGCCGCCCACUUGAUUGAGACUUUGCUGUAAACUCCAGGAAAAGGGACGCUUAACCACAAAACUGCUUUAUAUAAUCCUUACCUGCACAGCAUUCAAUUCCACAGUGAAUUACUUUUGUGUUGUUUUUUUUAUAAUAUGCUUUGUAAUCGACAUCACUGCACAUCUAAUACAGUAAUACACCUGACUUUGGAAAUAUCUUGAAAAUAAGAUAUUUUGAAGUAUUUAAGUAAAUUGAUCAAAUAAAUGGAUUAUUUAAAUGUAUUGGUAUCGUAAUUACAAUCUGAAAUGCACUGAUUGCAUAUCCUUAACGGUAACACUUUUGAUUACAGCCCCCAGUGUACCACAUAAUUAAACAAAAUGUACGGCAUAAGUAAUUGCAUCAAGAAUGUACCAUUACAUAUCUAUAAGUAAAGGGGAACAAUAGGCAAAGUGUAGGGCAUAAAGAGGUAAGAGUAAGGAAAAUUACAAAUCCAUUUAUACUGUAAGGAUCUUAAAGCCAAGUAUUAAAUGGUUAUUGACCAACAUUUUUGUUGUCUAGCAUAUUGUAGGUCAUGCUUAAUGCUUAUUCAUUGCGGCCUGUAAUUUUAAGUGUAACAUAUUUAAUCUCUAUUAUAUCAAGGUAUUUUCCCUUCAAUCCACCUGUUACAGUAAGUAAUGAACAUGAUGCUGUUUCGACAUAAGAAACAAACGGUGGGGAAGCUGUGUAACUGUUAGGUGGCAUAGUCGUAAGGAGAGCAGCGCAACACUGCUGCUUUCCUGUUGUUAUUUUAAACAGGUUCUUCUCCCUCAACGACAUGCCGUUUGAGACACCUCGGCACUAAUGAUGUUUGACUUUUUCAUUCGGAGACCACUAAAGAUAAUGUUAAAGAAGUGUGCUAGCGCGCAAAAAACUAUAAUAUGCUCUAGUCCCCUCCCUGCUUAUCGGGGUGAUGAGACAUAGUUUAUAGACAAUUGGAAAUGUUUUUAGGGGAGAGUUGGCCUGUUUAAGAUAGAUCUUCAUCAUAGGAGCUUCCGUCCUCUUCCGUUCGACCUGAAGAACCUGUUUUUCGCCACAAUUAACCUUUUGUGAAACGGAAAGGUUCUUUGGAUGUUAACGCUUCUUAAUGGAACCAUUUAGACAAAAAAAGAAUAAGACAUCUUCUUUUUAAGAGUGUACAGUAAGUCUGUGUUUCUUCAGUCAUAGAGAGGUGCUUAGCGUCAUAAGCUUGAGUCCACUGACGCCAUGGCUCUUUAACUGGUUAAGUUGUCUUAAGGAGAUAUUGGAGUAUUAGAUGUGUCUGAUAUGAUGAACGAUCCCAGUGCAGGUCAGUCAGUAACCCUUUCAUUUACUCACAUUCAAUAGAAUAACAAUUUAGAUUUUUUGCAUUUGAUUUUAAUGUACAAUUUUUAAACAGCUAACACACAGGAAUCUGACACACAUAUUUCAGGACUUGUUUCCUACGUCCGAAAUUCACUUAUUUAUACUCUGCCCUAAAAGUAAGAACCUUACUGUUUUAACGAAUAGAUAUAAUAUAAAGUGCAUAGCAGAAACACUGUGACUGUUGUUAUGCUCAGACAAUACUGUGAUUCGCAUUAACAAUCACACAUUAAAAUGCAACUCCUUGCAUUCAAGCUUGCAUGUACAGUCUAUACUUAUGAUUUGAUGAGUUUAGGUAGUUCAUAUGACAGGUUUGAAAACGCCUGAUAUGUACAUGUGUACGCAUGCAAUAGUUAUAUGCAUGUACUAAUAUAUAGACUUUUGACAGUCAACUCAUGUGACCGUCAGCUGAGCUGGUUGACAGGACAGAACUGACCUCUGUGUCACAAAUAAGUGAUGUGUGUUAAUGAGGUUAGAGAGGUCAGUAGCUCAGGCAAACAGACGCACACCCAACCACAACAUCAACAGCAAACAAACAACCUAAACCCAGCCCAGCCAAAAUGAAAGUUAAAAUAAAUGAUGGUAAUGGUUGACUAACGAUUAACAAAUUUUGGGAGAAGCCAGAGCAUAUAGUGAGUUCUGGGUUCGGCCGUUUCCGAGCUUUUACUCGGAGCCCGCUCCCUGGACAGCACGCCAAACACGAAUACUUUUACUACACCUGCUAUCUUCAUUAUCUGCUCAGGUGAACUUGUGAAUUAGUUAAGAGUUAAAUGAUUUUAUAAGUUAAAAAGUGCAAAUCUGAUCCCUUAUCAUCUAAAACAAUUAUGAACAUUGUAGUAUAAGUUAUCUCUCCCUUUCUCCCUCGUGUAUUGAUUCAACACACAAACUAACAUUUGUGAAGUUGGCUAGUUAGAUACAAUUUAACAUGCCAACAGUCACAAUAUGACUUACAGUUAUGUUAAUGAUAACAAAUAUGCUUGUUUUAUUAAAGACUACACAGUGGUUUUAAAAGUGGGGUGAUUUAAAGGCAGAAAGUAUAAUAAACGGGCGAACAGUGUGCGCAAGUGCGACCCCGGAACACUAACGCGAGGAGUGUAUAGCAUCGCAUGAGCCUCGUCGGGCGCAUUAUUUGUAACACCUGCUGAGCUGCACGAAGCGCCAGUAGCUUCGGGGGCAGGCUUAUGAUAACGCUGAUUGUGUAAAUGCUGCCUUUCAUGAUCUCCUUCGGUUUCAUAUCUCCUGGUUGUACCAAAAGUCAGUGCUUUUCUGACACAAACGAUGUUGUUACGUAUCCUUGCGCUUUUUUAAGUGGGUAUACGAAAAUUCUUGAUCUUUUCUAGUGGGUAUACGGCGUAUACCUGCGUAUCACUGAGUAACACUGUCCAGUACCAGUCCAGUCCAGUUACACAUCAGCAGAUAUUGGUGUGAGCUGGUGGAAGAAAUUUCUUCAUUUCAUCUUAUAAGAAAUGAAGAGUGCACUGACCUGCUUCUUUACUCAUCUCACUGUACAACACAGGUCACUUCGAUAGCAAAGAGUAGCAUUUUGUUUACAAUACCUCUACUGCAAGACCUCAUCCUAAGGGGCCAAUCAACAUAAUGCAACACUCACCAGAAGAGGUGUGACGUAACAAAAUAAUCUUUCAAAGCCUGUCUGGAUUUAAACAGAGACAUACAUAAUCUCAUUCAGCACUUAGAGAAGCUGUCAGAGGGAACCAAGCCCAAAGAGAGAAGAUCCGACCAGGACAACGCAGCGGUCCGAACGACCUCAUUAUCUUGUAGAGAAGCAAACCAGGAGCAGGAGAAAGAGUUUGAGAGUCAGAGACGGUCCGGGAAAGUAGAAAAAAGGUACAUUUUCCUUUUUAGCCGUGAAAGACUUAGAAAUAUGGGAAACACCAAGAGCGGUGCUUUGUCCAAAGCGAUACUGAAUGAUCUGAAGAUGAACACCAAAUACACGGAGGAGGAACUGUGCACGUGGUAUGCCAGCUUCCUCAAAGAGUGCCCUACAGGACGCAUCACCAAGGAGCAGUUUGAGGGAAUCUACGCUAGCUUCUUCCCUGACGCCGACCCCACCGCUUACGCCCGCCACGUCUUCCGCAGCUUCGACACUAAUGCGGAUGGCACGUUGGACUUUAAGGAAUACAUUGUUGCACUGCAUCUCACUUCUUCAGGCAAGACUAUGCGGAAACUCGAGUGGGCUUUCGCCCUGUACGAUGUAGACGGCAACGGAACCAUCAGUAAAAAUGAGGUGGAGGAGAUCGUACGGUCAAUAUUCAACAUGAUUCCUGCUGAAGACCAGAAAAAUCUUCCAGAAGAUGAGAACACACCCGAGAAGCGAGCAGACAAAAUCUGGACCUUCUUUGGAAAGAGUGAUAAUGAUAAGAUUGGAGAGGGGGAGUUCGUUCAGGGUGUCACGGAAAACAAAGAUAUCUUGAGGUUGAUACAGUUUGACGAGCCAAAGAAGAUUCAAGACAAACUCAAGGAGAAGAAGCACUAAUUUCAAGCGUACCUGUGAGACUGUUCAGACCUCCAUCUCCAUUCAUUUGACGUCAGAGCUCACUUUACUUUUGGAUAUGUCCAAACACACACUCAGACUCAACCAGAUAGAAACGGCUGUUCUUGUAUUGAUUCCUGGACCACCAACUGUUUAAAUACUACCUGAAGCUAAACUGACUGAAGUCUUGGCCAUUGCUGUCCAAUUUCAAUAAGAGCAGUUAGGCUCAUGUUAACAGUCCUACUCCAGAAUACUCAAUCCUCUUAGGAUCUGAAGGUCGGGUAAGACAAAUCCCCAUGCAGGGUCCAUGGCUCUCAUCUUUUAGAUCCCAUCAGGGUUAAGGUGGUUUAAGCUUUCAAUAUGCAUUCAUCAGACUUUGGAACAAUCUGUUUAUCAGGUGACUGGAUGAAUUUUAUAGGAUUUUGUUCUUCUACUGUGUGUAGAGAACAUUUUAUGGGAAAUUUUUAUCUAGAAAACUAUUAUAAAGAGAUGUAACUAUUAUCAGUCAAUGUAAUCAAAAAAUCAUUGCCCGUUCACAUCAAAACGAUAACUAUAUAUAAAAAAAAUCCAACUUUCAGAGUUUUUUUUCUCCAGAUUAUCCAUUCAAAAAUGUAAAGGGUUGUUGCAUUUAAAAUGUAAGUUAAGAGCUACCAUGACAUUAUCGUCCGGUGGUGUGGAUGUUUGUUAUAGUUUUCUUUAUAGUUAUCAUUCUUGGUGUUUCUUCAGGCAUGUAAAGCCCCGUUCAACCGUACAACUGCAACCUAGAGUGCAUCCGUCUGCUUUGUUAUGGUGAAUGAACCUGAUGUGUAAUGAAGAAGCCUGAAGUGUUAGAUUAGUAUAAAUGCAUGUUGUACGUGUUUACAAGCCUUGUUCCCUCAUGAUGUGCUGGAAAUUUUGCUUACUUUUUCAAGCAGACUGUUUCAUUUUUCUCUACAAAUAAUAUGUUGCCAUCACUUCUUGUUUUUUUCAUUCAUUACACUUGUAAACCCGUUCAAAAAUAGGUAUGUAGAUCAAGUUUGAUUGACUGAUUAAGUUAAGAGUGGGAGUCGUGAGUCCCCCAACAGGUUUAGAUUUACUAAACUUGAAUACUAGAAAUGGCACCAACCCCAAGUGUAUCUUUAUCAUGUUGAUGCUGCUUACAGCCAAAGCUCUAAGGACAAGCCUGAAACACAGGAGCUUACCUCCCUCUUUCCUUAAAGCCAUCUUUGGCUCAGGUUAAUACACUACAUGGCCUGGUUUCAGCACUGGGAUACUGAGCAUGAAAACAAUAGCUGGAGAUCUACAGCAUGGCCUCUGCUGACCCCACAAAAUACACAAACUUUUAUCGAAAUAGCUUGUUUUGUGUUCCACUGGAAAAUAUGCUGAAUAUGUUGAAGAAAACGAUGAUAGAAUUUUCAUUUUUGUGUGAACUAUCCCUUGUAACGGCUUUCAAAGGCGGCAGUGUGGUCUGACAAAAGAAAACUUCACAAGCAUGAAAUAAACAGCAAAAAAAAGGUUUAUAGGCCCUCAGCCGACCAACCAUAUAGUUUCAAUAUAGUUUUAAAGUGU